AUGGCACAGCUUCCUUGCGACGGCGAUGGGGUUUGUCUACGAUGCAAGGCAAAGCCUCGUCAAGAAGAAACUCUCACGUGCGGCACGUGUGGAACGCCUUGGCACGCGUCAUGCCUUUCUUCCCCUCCCGAAACCCUAGCUUCCACUCUACAGUGGCAUUGCCCUGACUGCUCCGGCGAAAUCGAUCCUCUCCCCGUUUCCAGCGUCGCGGGGUACGAAGCCGGCGGUGGCUCAGACCUAGUAGCAGCUAUUCGCGCGAUCGAAGCCAACGAGUCUUUGACCGACGCCGAUAAGGCUAAGAAGAGGCAAGCGCUACUGAGCGGUAAAGCCGCCGCCGAAGGGGAUGAAGAAGAAGAAGAUGGGAAAAAGAAUGCAGGGCUCGAUGUUGAUCUUUUGGCCGCGCUCGGAGAAAACUUGAACUGUUCCUUCUGCAUUCAGUUGCCUGAAAGGCCCGUCACGACACCAUGCGGGCACAACUUUUGUUUGAAGUGUUUUGAGAAGUGGAUCGGUCAAGGGAAGCGAACUUGCGCAAAAUGCCGUAGCCCAAUUCCUAACAAAAUGGCAAGCAAUCCCAGGAUUAACUCUUCCCUCGUUUCUGCCAUUCGUCUGGCCAAGAUUUCUAAGAGUGCUACUGCGGGUACUGGGAAAGUUUUUCAUUUUAUAAGUAACCAAGACCGACCAGAGAAAGCAUUCACAACUGAGCGCGCCAAAAAGACUGGAAAGGCAAAUGCUGCCAGUGGCAGGAUAUAUGUCACAAUACCACCCGAUCACUUUGGUCCUAUUCCGGCUGAAAACGAUCCUGUUAGAAAUCAGGGUGUCUUAGUUGGAGAGUGCUGGGAGGAUAGGUUGGAAUGUAGGCAGUGGGGAGCUCAUUUCCCACACGUUGCUGGCAUUGCUGGACAAUCCAAUUAUGGAGCUCAAUCUGUGGCACUCUCUGGAGGUUACAAGGACGAUGAGGAUCAUGGAGAAUGGUUUUUGUACACUGGAAGUGGAGGAAGAGACCUUAGCGGCAACAAAAGGACUAACAAAGAUCAAUCGUUUGAUCAGAAAUUUGACAAGUCCAACGAAGCUUUAAGAGUUAGUUGCAAAAUGGGUUAUCCUGUUCGUGUUGUCAGGUCUCACAAGGAGAAGCGUUCUGCAUAUGCCCCUGAGGCAGGAGUGAGAUAUGAUGGGAUUUACCGGAUUGAGAAGUGCUGGAGAAAAGUUGGAAUACAAGGUUCUUUUAAGGUCUGUCGUUAUCUAUUUGUUAGGUGUGACAAUGAGCCUGCUCCAUGGACCAGUGAUGAGCAUGGGGAUCGUCCAAGACCUUUGCCUAACAUUCCAGAGCUUAAGAUGGCGACAGAGCUCUUUGAGAGAGAGGAAAGUCCAUCAUGGAAUUUUGAUGAAGGUGAUGGUUGUUGGAAAUGGAUGAAGCCUCCACCUGCUAGUUUAAAGGCUGUUAAUGUUUUAGAUCCUGAGGAGAGGAAGAGUAUGAAGAGAGCCAUAAAGGCGGCACAUUCAAAUACCGUGAGAGAAAAACUUCUGAAAGAAUUUAGCUGCAAGAUCUGCCGGCAAGUAAUGAGUCUUCCUGUGACAACGCCUUGUGCUCACAAUUUUUGCAAGGCUUGCUUAGAAGAUAAGUUUGCUGGGAAAACUCUGGUGAGAGAAAGAAGCAGAGGUGGGCGGACACUUCGUGCACAGAAGAACGUCAUGAACUGCCCAUGUUGCCCCACUGACAUCUCUGACUUCCUCCAGAACCCUCAGGUCAACAGAGAAGUAAUGGAGGUGAUAGAGAAACUGAAGAAUAAGGAAGAGGACAAGGCAGACUCUGAAGAAGUUGAAGACUCAAAUGUGGAUGAAAAGAAAGAAAAGGCUGAGUCAGAGUCUGAGGGAAACUAUGAGAGUGCCGACCCUGAAGAAGCCGAACAACCAAGGAAGAAGGCCAAACUGGACACUACUGACACAGUAGUUCCUGCGACUAUGGUGGAAUCUGACAUGAAGUAGUGAGCCUUUUCAAUUGCUUUUUUUUUUUGGAUAGCGCCAUCAGGUAAAAAUAGAGAUUUUGUUUUCGUGGAACCAAAGUCAAAAAACUCUAGUACAUGAUUGGCUGAUUUGGUAAGAAAUAUUGCGGAACGUAAGUGUAUUAUGAUUGGUAAGUGACUUGGAAAAUUAUAAAACUGAAGAGCUUGGUCUUCUUUUAUUAGCCUUGUUUUCAUCUGUUCAUACAAUCGAAUCAGUGAGAACUUUUUUUCAGUGACAACUGU